GCAAAGUGAAGGAAGCUGAAGACCUCAUCACUGAAGGAGUCGACCCUAAUAUUGGAAAUAAUUUGAAUGUCACAGCUCUUCAUUUAGCUGCAUUAAAAGGUCACGGGGGUGUCGCUGAUGUGCUUCUCAAGAAUGGGGCUAACGCUGAUAUUGGAGAUGAUUUGAAGAAUACACCUCUUCAUUUGGCAUCUAUGCAUGGUCACGGAGGUGUCGCUGAUGUGCUUCUCAAGAAUGGAGCUAACGCUGAUAUUGGAGAUGAUUUGAAGAAUACACCUCUUCAUUUGGCAGCUAGGAAUGGUCAAAAGAGCGUCACUGAAGUUCUCAUCCGUAAAGCAAACGAUCUUAAUAUUAAAAAUAAUUUGCAUCAGACACCUCUUCAUUUGGCAUCUAUGCAUGGUCACGGAGGUGUCGCUGAUGUGCUUCUCAAGAAUGGAGCUAACGCUGAUAUUUUAGAUGAUUCGAAGAAUACACCUCUUCAUUAUGCUGCUAAAUAUGAUCACAAGGAUGUUGCUGAACUUCUCAUCAACAAAGGCGCCAAUAUAGAUGUCAUGGAUAAUUUUGAUCAUACACCUCUUCAUUGUGCUGCUGCCCAUG